GCGGACGAGCGAUGCUUUCGACAUUCAUUUUUUAAAUUGGUUAUGUACAACAUACAAGUGCUCUUCAUACAAGUGCUCUUCUGCCCUGAUACAUGAAACUCGAUUUCAGAUGAGUGUUGACAAUGGAUGCUGACAGUGUGGCACCGAGGAAGCUGCUUUUGUCUUCACCCAGCCAGCAGGCGGAGCAGCAGGCUCAGGAGCGUGGCGAGUCAGCCGAUCAGUCCCGGCACUGGUUUGAGCAGGAGGUGGAGAAAAACUUAGCAGACUCGCGCCAGGAGGACCACCUGAAGCGGCUGAGGAAGCUGAAAAAGGCACUUGACUACAUCAGCGAGACCGACUGGAAGUAUGAGAAUGCCAAGCCGUUUUAGCCGCGUCCUCUGAUUUUCUGCCUGUAUUCUCUCACCUCGCGUUUCUCAAGAAUUCUGAAGUCUGCUGUGUUUGCCGGUGUAGGGAGACUCGGCAGCCGCGACCGUCCCGAGCGAGCG